AAUGGAAAAAGGGAAGACGAAGCUAGCUAUUAACUCGGAACCAAAGUUGGGCAUUUUUUAGCCUUCUAAAAGAGGAAACAAAGAAGCGAUCUUUUUUUUUUCCUUACAAAAUUAUUAUUGAUCUACUUUUCCCUCCUAUCAAAAUAAAACAACGGAGGCAAGCGCGAGCUCGGUCGCGUGGCGCUGCUUUAUUUUGAAAGCGUAAACAGGAUGUUCCCUUUUCUGCUCACCGAGCGUUGACCGCCGGUGAGUCUUGGAAAGUCUUGAAUGUGACUUGGAGCGCAGUGAGUGGAGACCAUGUCCGCCGUCACAAGCGAGCUGGACUUACCUCCACUGUCGUUCCCCGAGUCCGUCUCCAUGAAAUAACACGAACGCGGGGCCUCAGGAAUGGCCAACUCGGGUGCCGUCCAGGUGAAACUCGAACUCGGCCACCGCGCCCAGUUCCGAAAGAAAGCCACAGUAGAAGGCUUCACCCACGACUGGAUGGUGUUCGUCCGAGGACCAGAGCACAGCAACAUUCAGCACUUUGUGGAGAAGGUCGUCUUUCACUUGCACGAGAGUUUCCCGAAACCAAAAAGAGUUUGCAAGGAUCCACCGUACAAAGUGGAGGAGUCUGGAUACGCUGGCUUCAUCUUGCCUAUUGAAGUUUACUUCAGGAAUAAGGAAGAGCCGAAGAAAGUCCGCUUCGACUACGACCUUUUCCUCCACCUGGAGGGCCACCCUCCUGUCAAUCACCUCCGUUGCGAGAAACUGACAUUCAACAAUCCGACGGAAGAGUUCCGGCGUAAGCUCCUGCGAGCCGGAGGGCAACGGGAUCCGCACAAACGCACCUCCGAGGACUCAAAGGUGAUGGUAAUGCAGGAGGGCUCGACAUCCUUGUUUGGGCCACACAUGAAGCUCCCUACGCUUCCCAACAGUUCCCUGGCGUCCACCUUCUCUGACCCAAGGAAGAGCAAAAGCUCCCACGGGCCCAAGGAUGGCUCCAAAGGAAGCGGCACCACCCUUCUCACGACAGCCACAACCACCAGCACCAACGGCAGCAGCUUCUCCAAACUCCACAAGCCUUCCAAGGACCACAAAGACAAGCCGCCAAAAGACUUGAAAGAGACCAAAAGUGCCUUCAGAGACUCGUGCUGGGAGUCCAACAAAGCCCCGAAAGAACCUUCCAGAAAACCCAAAGAGAACCAGCCGCUUCGAAAUAGCAAUCCUAAAAUGGGAUUCAAGGAACCCAAGUCUUUGUCUCAUCGGAGCGAAGUGUCCAACAACGAGUCGAACAAGCGCCUUUCUGCGCCCGACGGGGGUCAUCACGUAACCAAAAAGCGCAAGAGGGGAUCGGAGGAAUUAUCUGGGAAACAGACAUCCAGAUCAGAUGCUCAACUUUCCAACAAGAAAAUACUGAAGGACAGGCCGCAGAUCCAAAGCAGCAAAUCGCACCCAGAGAAUAACGAACCGGCCCACCGGAAGACAUCGGCGCUUGCGCCUUUCCAUGAAUUGGUGGACCCCAACGAUUCCGACAUGGAGUCCACCAAGUCAGACUCGGAACAGCCCAGUCCAGCAAGUUCCAGCUCCAGUUCAGGCUUUUCUCCCACACAUCACAGACGCCAAGUACUUGGCCCGCUGCAGUCGGUGAUGCAGGAUCUGCACUCGGACGACCACGGCGACGAUUCCGAGGACGACGACGACGUCGACUUGGAUUCCGACGCCGAACGGCCGGUGCCCGCGCACCUCGCGCACCACCAACGCAGGGUCAGUUUGAGUGACGGAAGCGAGAGUGACAGCUCUGCCCCUUCGCCGCCUUCACGCAACGAUGUGCCGGCUUUGUUGAAGACUACAAACAACCAGAUACUGGAGGUGAAGAGUCCCAACAAGCAGACCAAGCAGGACAAAAACAGAACUCUAGAUUGUGACAAGGCUUACCUCGACGAGCUGGUGGAACUCCACAAAAGACUGAUGACCCUCCGAGAAGGUCACAUCCUGCAACAGAUUGUGAACCUCAUCGAAGAGACGGGCCACUUCCACAUCACAAACACUACUUUUGACUUUGAUCUGUGCUCCUUGGACCGAAGUACAGUAAGGAAACUCCAGAGUUACCUGGAAACUUCCGGACUGUCCUGAAGUUCUGAGCAGCCGGCAGCUUGAUUUCUCAACAUAUGAUAUGGGGUGGAGAUAAUAAUGGAUGGAUAAUUGGAUUCCAUGCAAAAAAAAAAAAAAAAAAAUGAAAGGGUGGGGUGAGGGGGGGGGCGGUCAUGGUUGUCAACCAAUCAGAACACCCGCAAAGCCUUGAAACCUUCGCUACCCCUCCCGAAAAUGUGGUGGAGUUCUGACCAUUUUGCUCUUAAUGAAUGCGUGCGCGCUGAUAGUUGCCAUGUAUGUCUGUCUCGAUUUAUUGUUCUAUAUGACAAAACGUGUGUUCAACAUUGCCUUACAACGCUGUAAAGUCUUAUUUAUUGAAUUUGCCUGUGUGCGUGCGUGCGUGCGUGCGAGCGAGCGAGCGUGCGUGUUUUGCAGAUAGUGAAAUAACGAAAAGGACUCUUGAAGCACUUCACAGCCGGCAUUUCUCAGUUGGUGUGACAGUGAAAUCGUGUAAGUGGAAUCAAGGCAACAAAAUACAAUUCCCGGAAGAUGCUAACAGUACUGCGGCUCAACAAGCUAUCCUCGCGUUUCAAUAAAUAGAGUACUGUAUAUGCAAACGGGCGUGCGUUUUCAACGACCGAAAUCAACGGUCUGCAUUUCAGGUGAAGGAAACGCAAUACCAUUUGUUUAAAACUGUUAUUUCCAGACCUUGAUUGAGAAAAUGCUGAUAUUUUUACAUUGGGGGUGGGGGGGUGGGAUGUUGCAGCACACCACAAAAAGUGACCUCCUCCUGCCAUCUAUUGAUAGGAAGAGCAUUUAAUUUUGUCCGUCCACUAGCGUAUAUGGCUGAAUAAAGAAAAACAUCAUUUGGCACGAGUUAAAAAAAAAAAAUAAAAUAAAUGGAAUAAUUGUGUGCCGCUCAAGUUGGGAUUCACUGGUCUAUAAUGCAGUCCGAUUUCAUGGAGACGAUCCGCAAUUUCAAACAUUUGGCAAGUGUCUUGCCGACGUGUCUGCGACGUGCUUUUGGCAAAAUACUCCCGAGAAUCGAAAAUUAUUGUCCACAAAGAAAAUGAAAGCAUUCCCCCCCCCCCU